AUGAAGCUUUUCGCUGCCCUUCUGACGGUGGCCAGUCUCGCAGCGUCGAGCUUCGCGAGCCCGGUUCCGGACUGUCCGCCGAGCGGGCAUGUCGGCGGCUACGCGUACCCAGCCCCCACCGUCCAGUUGUCGGUCGGUAAGGCCAUCAACUCGGUCAGCGUGACGCCCGGUUUCUCGUCCUACUCGGUCGACGGUGACGUCAAGUAUGCCUCGGUUGGACCCUCGUACAGUGCGUACGAAGCGUCCCCGGCCUACAGUGCGUACGGUUCGUCCGAAGCCGACCUGAAGCUGACCAGCUACGAGCCGGCCGUGAAGACGGUGGCCGCCGUACCCUCGGUGUCUUACGCCAAGACGGCCGGUGUCGUGUACGCGGACAAGUCUCCGGCCGCCACCUUCGCUUCAGUCGUCCCAUCUGGCAUUAGCUACGCUAAAACGGUAGCCGCCACACCAGCGUACGUCGCCCCGGUCAGCAAGGUAUACGACAGUUCGCCUGCCUACGUCUCGAACGCUUAUCUUCCGCCAGCGGUCAAGACCGUCGUUUCGGCUCCCGCCAGCGAAUACUCGUACGUGGCCAGUCCGGCAGUCAGCAAGUAUGUGGCCGGUCCAGCCGUCUCUUCCUAUGUCUCUACGCCGGCUGUAGCAUCGUACGUGUCCACGCCGGCUGUGAGCAAGUACGUGGCCACUCCGGCCGUUUCCAGCUCGUAUGUACAUGCCGCGCCCGCCGUCAGCUACUCAGCUGCUGCUGUUCCGGUCGCCAAGGUAGCCAGCUAUGCUGCUGCCCCAGCCGUCAGCUAUGCCGCAGGAUAUGUUCCAGCUGCCAAGGUUGCCGCCUACUCUCCGGCUGCCACUUACGCCAGCUACACUCCGGCUGUGAAGGUUGCUUCCUACGCUCCUGCGGCCAGCUACGCCAGUUCGUACGCUACCACAUCGAAGCUGGCUUACGCUGCUCCAGCUUCCUACUCCUAUGCUGCUCCGGCCGUCGCCAAGACUGUCGUAUCCGCGGCACCGGCUGUGGCUUCGUACUCUUACGGUGCUCCCUCUUCCUACUCCUAUGCUGCUCCUGCCGUCGCCAAGACUGUCGUGUCCGCGGCACCGGCUGUGGCUUCGUACUCCUACGGAGCUCCCGCUUCCUAUUCCUAUGCUGCUCCGGCCGUCACCAAGACUGUCGUAUCCGCGGCACCGGCUGUGGCUUCGUACUCUUACGGUGCUCCCGCUUCCUACUCCUAUGCUGCUCCGGCCGUCGCUAAGACUGUCGUGUCCGCGGCACCGGCUGUGGCGUCGUACUCUUACGGUGCUCCCUCUUCCUACUCCUAUGCUGCUCCGGCCGUCGCCAAGACUGUCGUAUCCGCGGCACCGGCUGUGGCUUCGUACUCUUACGGUGCUCCCGCUUCCUAUUCCUAUGCUGCUCCUGCCGUUACCAAGACUGUCGUGUCCGCGGCACCGUCUUAUUCCUAUGCUGCUCCGGCUGUUACGAAGUACGCCAGUGCCCCGGCCGUAUCGACCGCCUAUGUAUCUACACCGACGGUUGCCAAGUACGCUAGCGCCGCUUAUGCCCCAGCCGUCAGCAGCUACGUAGCACCAUACUCGGCCGCUGCCUAUGCCCCGGCCGUCAGCAAAUACGUGUCCACGCCGGCCGUUUCCUCGUACUACGCCACUCCGGCCGUCUCGAAGGUUGUUUCCACCCCGGCCUACGCUUCGUACGUAUCUGCGCCAGCUGUAGCAAAGGUGGCCACUGCCUAUGGACCAGCCGUCGCUGCGUACAGCUCCGGUGCCGCUGUCUCCGGAUACAGCCACGGUUCGGACUACUCAGCGUACUCGGUUUCCCCGGCCGUCUCGAAGGUUGUCGCUACUCCGGCCGUCGCCGCUUAUAGUGCUGGACCGGCUUACUCAUCUUACUCCGUCGGUCCGGCCGUUUCCAAGGUCGUUGCCACUCCGGCCGUUGCUGCGUACAGUGCCGGUCCUGCUUACUCGGCGUACUCUACCGGUCCAGUGGUCUCGAAGGUUCUGACGACACCGGCCGUUGCCGCGUACAGUGCUGGUCCAGCGUACUCCGCUUACUCCGUCAGCCCGGCCGUCACGAAGUACGCAAGCUCUGCGGCCCUGGCUGGCUACGCCACGACCGGUUCUUCACACGGAUACUACGCCGGCGGUCCCGCGCUUGCGACCGCUCACUACGGUGGUUACCGUUACGCUGCUGCUGCCCCGGCCCUGGCCACGGCCUACACUGCUCCGGCCACCGUUGUCAAGACCGUUGCUCCGACCGUCGUUAAAACUGUCGCCGAAAAGUACCUGGAACACUACGACGAUAAUGCACGCUACGCUUUCGAGUACGGUGUAAACGAUCCGCUGACCGGUGACAUCAAGCACCAGAAGGAGGAACGUGAUGGAGACGUCGUGCGCGGCCAGUAUUCGCUGGUGGAGCCGGACGGUAACGUCCGCACCGUGGACUACUACGCCGACUGGGCCACCGGGUUCCACGCCACCGUCACCAACAGCCGGGACCAGGUGCACGCAACGAAAGUGCUAGGCAAGCGCGACACCGUGAAGGCGUAAGGCCGCCGCUCCAGCCCUGCCCAAGCCAAACGAAAGUAGUGGUUGGUUCCGGUUGGGACAAUCAAUUGUUGCUUCACUGUACAGAACGGAGCACAGAUCGAUGAGCGAGAGCGUUUCUGCGGACGCGAUUCCGAUAUGGUUGAAUCCGUUUGUGCUAGCCCUGACUUGAGUUAUUGUUAAUCUUGAUUUUUUUUAUAUUAAUUCUUAUCACACUACUAUCUCCUCAUCGCCUCUUUGCGGUCGGCCACCGGCCAUCGGCCCUUCUUGACCAGCGAAUUUUGUUUUGUGUUAUUAAUGUAUUUAUUGGAUGGCCAAGAUUGAGAAGGAACUGGACCGGCAUUGCACACGAACGAACUCACACGCGCACACACAGGCAUGUCCACACUACUCGCGAAGCAAAUGCGACGAGCUAGGAAUGAUUUCAUAAAUUUGUGUAUUUUCUUCUUAAUGCCCUACCUUUUCGGACUUCGAGUUUAGUCGCUGUAAAUAUAAAUCCACUCCAUUGUUUGUGACAACAACAUCAUGAAGCCCUAUACAUUCAAUCCUCAGUCUCAAUCUCAGCAACCUUGCGUUUAUACUUUUUUGUCACAAUUAUACUCAACGGUUCCCUUGUUCACGGGUCCCGUGCAUUUUCUGUUCCAUCGUUCCAUCGCGUUAACGGGAACACUCCAUCAGCGCGCGGCCAGAUAUCGGGACACGUGCUCAGGACGAAAACCGAUCCUCCACGUGCCCGAGAGAACGCAACGAACACCAGGAACGUUGAAAAGCUGCAAAAACGUGUCAGCAUGUGAGC